UCAAUGCUGUCGGGUCGCGCGCCAGGAUCUCUGCAUUGUGGCCCGCUUGUUCUUGGAAACAGCGUCAGAGAGCAGCUGAGAGAGGCUUAACAUUUCAAACGUCUGGCGGUAGGCUGCAAAGUUUCCACCCUGAAAACACUGUCAUGUUGCAGUGGGCUGGGGCAGGACACCACACCUCGCCGCUUGGUGUUCAAUAGGAAUUAGUUUGCUGUAAAGUUGUGGUGCACAGCCUCUCUAAGCCCGGAAUCAUACUCUUAAUGCGUCGUUUUAGUUGCUAUCUGAUGAAAGCUGAUGUAUUUCAUAUAGGAUAGGAGAAGCUGAUGUCUAUGUGUGUUGUGUUUCAGUGCAGCAGAGUUGGAAUUGCUUUUUUCAGUUUCAAAUGCGUGCGUAAAGCAGCACCACUGUUGUACUUUAAUAAGUAACAACCUUACACACGUGUGCUAGUUGCAUGUUGAGUUAAAAGAACCUUUUAGUUUUUGAGAAAGUCUGCUCAGCGUUAGCAGCAACAUAGUGCACCACGGAUUAAAAAGGAAUCGGUGUUAUUAGUCAUAGAUGUCCUCUCAGCUGGAAGGAGGCCUGCCGCGGGAGACCACAGCAAAACUUGAUUUACUAAAAUCCGAAGAAGUUGUUGACGUGACAAGUCCUGACGGAUGCGCUGGGCAACUCGGCCGCCGCGGGGACGGAGGGGAGAAUAAAACGGCCCUGUCUCCAGAGCGCCAUCAGCAGAAACCACGCAAGAUGACCCGGAGCCCCAAAUGCGCCCGCUGUCGGAACCACGGCGUCGUUUCGUGUUUGAAAGGCCACAAACGCUUCUGCCGCUGGAGGGACUGUCACUGUGCCUGCUGCCUGCUGGUGGUGGAGCGGCAGCGUGUCAUGGCAGCGCAGGUCGCACUGAGGAGGCAGCAAGCUGCGGAGGUGAGGAGAGCACAAGGGCAGGGUAAGAGGGGGGUCAGGUGUGCAGGUCCGAUGCGGAGGACUGCGUAUCAGCGUUACACCAAAGCAGCCGAACCGAGCAUACUGGCUAAGAGCAUCCUGCAGGGGCUCAAACCGGUGGUGCCGCUGGAGGACGACACCUCCUGCUGCUCAAAGCAGACACAGCGCGACCAAACUCCCUUCACGUGUCCCCCCAUCAGCGCCCGGAUGAGGAAGAGGCGCGCCUUUGCAGACAAGGAGCUGGAGAACGUGAUGCUGGAGCGGGAACUGAGACAGAGAGAGUUGCAGAGCGACCUUUCCUUUUCUUCACCUUCUGCCCUCGUCCCCGUGCUUCACCCUCCUCCCCUGCCCGUCUCUCCUAGCCUCCACUGCUGUCUUCUUAACAAGGACCCCGCCGCUGCAGGGACGUCCAGUUAUGUGCCUGUGUAUAAAUAUAAGCCUCUGUAUGAGUGUGACUUCCAGUUCUAUCAGUUUUUCCACCUUAAGAGCAGGUCAUCCACACAAGGUGACUAUAAUGACUUCUUAUGCCAAACCUCAGAGGAAACCAGAAAGGAUAAGGAGGUGCAGAACUGUUGGAAAGGCUGCGAGGAGAAAGACAGACCCGAGCUGAUACCUCUACCAUCACAACAAAGACUCAAACAUCAUGGCAGUACCUUGUCAGGUCUAGACCUUGUCAAAUUCACCUCAAAACCAACAGAAAUAAUGGACUCAAAUGGCUCUUCAACCAUCACACGCUAUGUUUUUGGAUCAGAUCAGGGUAUCCUGGGCAGGCCAGACGUCAGUGCUCCCAGCAGGACUUUUGAUCCCAGAGCUCUGACAGUAAAGGGCUGGUGCGCAGACACUCCUGCCGACCAGGCACGUCCUCAUACCGACUCUGUCAAGAGCCCUCAUGGCGGCUCAGUCAGGACUCCCGCUGUGAUGCCAUUACCUUUCUCUGUGGAGGCUCUGCUAAGAGCCUGACAGGGAAAUGGAAAGCAGUGCAGUGCACUUUGUUUAUGUGCGGACUAAGAAUUGAUGUUGAGUGAAUAAAUAUAAAAAUUGCUAGUUGUAAUACAGGUUUUGAAACACUUUUUUUGACAAGGGCUGCUAUAAAGUGAAAUAUUUGAACAUAAUAUAUGAACAAUUUACAAAACAUGAUUACCAGUCUUUUGUAUUUCUUUUCUAUAAAAAUUUAUUUAGCUAUAUUUUAACUAUAAUUAAAAUAUACAACAAUGAAACAUAUAUAUGCACUUGAUUUCUAUAUUUUAAUUUUUAUGCCUACAUUGAGCAUAUUUUGUUCAAAUAUACACUUUAAUAAUGUAAUCCUCUUGUAUACUACUCUGUCAGCAGUGCAGUAAACAUAUACUGAACCAUUCUGCUUUGACGGUCUCACAUCAAUCAUUUUAUAUUCUCUUUUCCUGCAAGAAGAAAUAUACAGUACAUCCAUAAAACAAAGUUGAUGAAAAAGUCAAGUAGUGUUUGAACUUGUGCCCAUUUCUUACUUUGUGCAUUGGUUUUCAAAUCAAAGUGUAGAUGUGGCUGGCUGAUAUCUGCGCUGCUCUCAGGCGUUGCAGUGUCAAAACAAACCAGGUGCUGCUUAGAAAUCUCUCUUAACUCAAAAGAAAACUAACGCUGGAAGGAGGAACAUGAGGAGAAGCAGGUGAUUUCCCAAGAAGACAGUUAAAAGGAGCAAAGAUUGUCCCCCCCAAAAAAGUCUGUAAUAGCCCAGAAAGAGCUGACAGCAAACAAACAACUCUGACUAUUGUUGUCUCUUUUUAUUUUACCAAGUGAGAAAUAUGUAUUCAUUAUUUAUUGGCUCCAUUGUUGACAUUUUGCCAGACUGUAGUCUAUCAUUAUGAUUGUACAAACUUACAUGUAAUUAUCAUAUGACACACUGUUUAAUAUUUCAUGGAGUUUCAUUUCAUCACACCAACAGAAUGAGAGAAGAUGGGAAAUAUUCAACAAAAGAUGAAUGGGAGGGUGCCAGCGUUGCCUUGGCGACAUUGUUCUUUAUUGUAUACCGAGCCUGAUGCUGGAUGAGUUUGUUUGAACACGCAUUUGAUCUAUAUCCACUUUCCACCUCUUCUCUCCUCCUGUGUUUUUUUGUUCUGCGCUGUAAUCUCACAGAGAUGGAGGUCAGAUACUUUUGACAACUCAGGACCUUGUGGCGUCAACACAGAGGCGAUAGCGUGCUGCUCCGUGUCUUUGUUUGCAAGUACCUACCAGCAUAUCAGAAUGCCUUUCUCCCUGUCUCUUCACAGACAGACAGAGAGGAAAGAUUGGCACAAAAGGAAGAUGAGGUUGUGAGCAUGAACGCACUGAAUAUGUGCCAUUGUUUUUUUGUGUUUUUUUUUUGUACGCCAUCUGCAGUCAUUUUACAAUAUUAAAACCUCUUCCUUGCAUAGAGCGCAAAUUGCCAUUUUCACUAUGAUAAUGAAAAAGAUGAGCAUCAGUCACAAAGGGGUGAUAAUGACUUCUGAAAAGAAUAACACAGAGGAUAUAAAUCAAUUCCUCCCCCCCGGCAAAGCUAAGAAAGAAGCUCAUUUAUCCAGUUCCCCCAUGUUUCAUUCUGGAGUGUCCUUAGAUGAGACGUGUGGCGGUUUAAUAGACAGCGACCCUACACUGAAAUGCCAUUCACGUUCCACCGUUCUUGUUAGGACUGUGCCAGGGACAGACAGAUUAGCUUCAUUGUUCUGUGCUCUUUGGAAAGGUUUGAUUCGAUCCGCAAUCGCCAGUUUAUUAACAUUUUCCUUUGAGGGCCAAGGGAGGAAAGGAGAGAAAGAGAGGACAUGUGGGGGGUUAUUGGAUUCAGGCCAGUUUUGCUGACAAAGCAGUUUCAACAGGUUGAAACAUGUUUUUGAAUUUUGAACAGCCCAAAACCUGCUCUUCCCCCACCCCUCUCCCUUUAUGUCGCCCACCUCCGGCACUCCUGCUCUUCAUGCUCUCGUUGUGCCUCAUUUCCAUUUCAGCAGGAUUGAUUUCACUGUGUUCAGGGCAAAAGAAAGCUUUGCUUUGGCGUUUCCCAGUAACUCUGAUCUUCAUAUUUUCAUCAUACAGACCCUAUCAGCAGCAGCAGCAACUGAAAGAAAUGGGCAAGAUAAAGAGACGAGCUGGAGAGAGCGGGUGGUUGGGGGAGACAUGACAAAGACGCUAGCCCACAGGUUACAUCUGCUCCAGCAUCUUUAAAAGUACUUUUGUUCACCUGUUAUUUUAAACUAGGUUCUUUCCUCUUCCGAUAACCAAGCAUCGAAGUCUUUACCUACGCUGUUCCAGGCCUAGCGUGGAGCCAUCACACUACAGCUGCAUAGUACAGAACUAUCAAAAUGAUCUUGCGGUGUUUACACAAGCUGUGUGAAAAGGCAGACAUGCAGGGAAGUUAAGUAAGUUUUUCCCUCUCAGACCUAACUGAAGCAGCCAGACCUCUCUAGCUGUCGGGUAUGAUAUACGCAUCAGUCUUAGCUCUCCCCUUGGACGGAUAAACAGCAACAUUUAGUAUCAGGGUUCAGGGAAAGCCUUUGAUCGUCUUGCCAGCUCUCAUUACAGAAUGAUAGCUAAAAGCAUGUGUCUUGGUGUGGCAAGGUCCUUUCUCUUGGCACUUCUGGGCGAGCUGCACUCUGAAUUUAAUAGUGUUACUAUGGGAUGUUUGGACAGUGCGAAGCACUCUCCAGGUUGAUAAGGACCCUGUUUCUGACACAAUGAAUUUGAAUGGAAACAACAUGCCCGCUUAAAUUAUUAUUUUAAGAUUAUAUGGUUGAA